CGUCGGGCAGCCCAACAAUGCACGCAUUCGCCUUUAUUUGCCUCGCAGCUGCGGCCCCCCAUGCGUGGGGCCUGCUGGACGCCCGCGCGAGGCGGCGGGGCAGGGAGGCGGGCAAGAAUCGGCGGCUGAGCGACGAUUUUUCGGAGCGUGUGAAGAUGGCAGCCAGCGACGCCGCGGCGGGCGACAAGUUCGGAUACUCCGUGGCCAUCGACGGCGACACCGUCGUGAUCGGAGCCCCGUACGCUGGCUCCUGGUCGGGCUCAGUCUACGUCCUACGAGCGAGCGACGGCGCCGAGCUGGCCAAGCUGACGGCCAGCGACGCCGCGGCGGGCGACUUAUUUGGCAGCUCCGUGGCGAUCGACGGCAGCACUAUCGUUGUCGGGGCCACCAACGACGACGACGCCGGCUCCAACUCGGGCUCGGUCUACGUCUUCGAAAAGAGCACCUGGGGCACGUACGACCAGGUGGCCAAGCUGACGGCCAGCGACGCCGCGGCGAACGACUUAUUUGGCAGCUCCGUGGCGAUUGACGGCGCCACAAUCGUGAUUGGGGCAUCCAGUGCUGGCACCGGUGGCGCAGUCUACGUCUUCCGCACGACCGACGGCGGCGCCACGUACGUCGAGGUGGCCAAGCUGACGGCCGACGACGCCGCGGCGAUCGACCAGUUCGGCAUCUCCGUGGCCAUCGCUGGCGACACCAUCGUGGUCGGGGUCGACGGCGAUGACGACGGCGGCUCCGCCUCGGGCUCGGCCUACGUCUUCCGCACGACCGACGGCGCCACGUACGUCGAGGUGGCCAAGCUGACGGCCGACGACGCCGCGUCGAUCGACCAGUUCGGCGGCUCCGUGGCGAUCGACGGCAACACCAUCGUGGUCGGGGCCGACCAAUACUACAGCAGCGGCUCGGGCUCAGCCUACGUCUUCCUCACGACCGACGACGGCACCACGUACGUCGAGGUGGCCAAGCUGACGGCAAGCGACGCCGCGUCGAACGACUACUUCGGCCGCUCCGUGGCGAUCGACGGCAACACCAUCGUGGUCGGGGCCGACGGCGAUGACGACGCCGGCUCCAAAUCGGGCUCGGCUUACGUCUUCCGCACGAGCGACAGCGGCGCCUCGUACGACCAGGUGGCCAAGCUGACGGCUGCUGACGCCGCGGCGAGCGACCAGUUCGGCGGCUCCGUGGCGAUCGCCGGCGGCACCAUCGUGGUCGGGGCCUACGGCGACGACGACGCCGGCACCUACUCGAACUCGGGCUCGGUCUACGUCUUCGAGGACGAGUCGAGUUGGUGGGACUAUUUUUCUUCCGAUGCUGCUGCGACGAGGAGGCUCCCCUCCGCCACGAUCCUCACCGCCGCCGCGGCCGUGCUUGCCGCCAUCCUCGCUUAGCCGGCCCCGCGUCGGAAGCCGCCCCGCCUGCAACCAGUGCCAACGGCGUAAUUAAUAAUUAACA